CUAGAUUAAUUAGAAAUAACCUAUCUGCCGAGUUUCUCUUUCCCUUUGCUCGCUCAAGAAUUGUUGCGGUAAAAGCGUGAAAUCAGUAAUUAUGUACUUAUUCGUGAGUUUACGCGUACGCUAACUUCCAAUUAAAGACAAAAAUAGUUAAAACAUGAGACAAUUGAUUUCGUUAUCACACGUAUGCGCUUAUUCUAAUUCGGCGAAUAACAUAACCUCAAGGUUUCGAAGAAUGUCAAAUAUCUCACAACGUAAAAAUAUAAUGGGCAUUAAUUCUGGCUUACCACAUUGCGAUAAAUAAAACCCAUAUUUUAUUGAAUUAAAAAAUUUCUUUUUUAAAAUUGUAUUUAAUAUAUAAUUAAUUUUAUAAUGAAAUAAAUUUGAAGUGAAAAAUGACACCACACUAGGACAGUUAUCCUAUUUUUAUUCCUUUAUUUCAUUUAAAUAAAAAGGUAUCGAAAUAUGCACAAUUACUGCGAAUUUUACGCUUCUACCGUAGCAUAUUAAUACUGUAAAAGAAACCAAGUCUUUUUUUAUUCAUAUUUGCGGUCUGCGUUGCGUGAGAAUAGAUACUGGUUGAUAAUGAAAUGGCGAUAACUGUGCGUUUACUAUCCCGCAAUGUAAACAGAGCGUUUUGUCAAUCUACCGCCAAAUGUAUUGUCAAUUCCAAUUCGGAUACGAGAGAAUCGAGGGAUGGCGCAAUCAAGGAUUGGAGAGUGGAAUUGUACGACACCAUGAAGGUCCUUCCGAAUUUCAUCAGCGAGAAAGAGGAGGAUAUCCUGGUGCGAGAGGUUGACCCUUACAUGAAACGACUGCGCUACGAAUUCUCCCAUUGGGACAAUGCAAUACACGGCUAUAGAGAGACCGAAUGGAAGAAAUGGAGCGAAGAUAGCUCACUGAUUCUCGACAGAGUUCGCAGGGAGGCGUUCCCACCGGAAACGAUGCAUCUCUCACUUGUGCAUAUACUAGACUUAGCUCCUGAUGGAUGGAUAAAGCCGCAUAUUGACAGUGUCAGGUUCUGCGGGGGCAUCAUUGCGGGAUUAAGUUUGUUAAGUGACAGCGUGAUGAGAUUAGCAAUGGAAGGACACGAGAAAGAACACGUUGCGUGUUUCUUGCUACCGAGGAGAUCGUUGUACAUCAUGAGCGGCGUCGCAAGAUACAAGUACAAUCACGAAAUCCUCAAAUCCGAGGAAUCGUACUUCGAGGGACGACACGUGCCAAAGGGCAGGCGCAUCUCUAUAAUAUGCAGAAGCGAAGCUGAUCCCGAAGUUACUUAA